AUGAAGGUCAUCUUUCUGUUCACUCUUCUCUUCUGCUUGGUCCCAUUGAAUUCAGGAGACAUUCCACCUGGAAUUAGAGAUGUUAUCUGCCUUAUGCAACAUGGAACCUGCAGGCUGUUUUUCUGCCAUUCUGGUGAGAAAAAGUCUGAAAUCUGCUCUGACCCCUGGAAUAGGUGCUGUGUACCAAAUACAGAGGAAGAAAAAAGAAGUUAAACGAUGAAUGGUGGUUCUAGCACCUAAAACCUAAGCAGGCAGA